AUGCCAUCAAUACCCAUCCACAUGCCAUCUCGCUCACCCAGCGCGCCGCCCACCGAGAAUCCUCUUCCGCCGCUGCUCCACACGCCUUCCGGCCUUGCCCUCGUCGAGAUCCAAGGCACUGUCCACUUCCCCACGCCCACAGCUUCCGGCCCGCCCUCAACCCAGAUCGGCAAGCUCGUCUUCCCACACUACAACCCGGACACCAACGACCCCAGCGACACCAAAUGGAUGAAGCGCGUGUACCUGUAUGUAGGUAAAGGGCAACGCAUGACGGGCGAGUGCAAGAAGCUGGUGAAUCCCAUUGCGGUUAUACGCAAGAAGGAGAGUAAAGAUGAUGGCGACGUGGAGAUGGGGGGUGUGGAUGGCGCUGGCGAGGGCGACACGGGCAAGGAGGAGGAGCUGGAGAUUGUCGAGGUGGUGAGGUAUAGGAUUGUCUUUUCUGCGAGGCCCGAGCCGAUUAGUGGCGUUCCCGAGGAGUCGUGAUGUGUGGCGCUAUAGACGCCGCCAAAUCCUCACAUGGCAGCUUGACAAGCAAUCCCCGAACAUCGACGCCGGAAAAACAUGCCUAUAUCCCUUCAAUGCUACCACGAACUUGCGACAAUGGUAGCUGCCGUACCCGCGCACCCGGUUGCUCGACCCUCAGCCGUCUCCCAAAGCGAUUGGCAGGUUGCGGACCUGAGCUACCCAAGUAUAUUGUACCAGGGUUUUGAGGCUCGCUUGCAUCCACAUUGCAUUACUCGCUACCGCCAAUACGAACACCAGCCAGUAGAGGUCGAGUGUUUUAAUCAAGCAAUUUAAGACUGCACAAGCAUAUUGCUGCACCACUCGAGUCUCGGCUCCAGCCUUGUCUGGAAGGCGCUGGGGGCACUUUAUCCACUUUACGCGGCGGCCACGGUCCGACAUAUAUUUGGCAUGAACACUCUCAGUUAGCCUCACCUGGUCAUUUCCCACGAGCCAUGUGCGAGCU